CUCUGACGUAGCCUCUGUGAGUUGAUUUUUGCCCCCAAGUGGCAGUGAUGAAAUUGAUAAAAAUAAAACGUUUCACGCACUGUCACGGCCUUGGGAGUUCGGAGUUCUUUGACAAGGUCCCGUUCAAGUGCAGCGCGAUUAUUGCCGGUGGUCAAUAAAAACACCCCCAUUCUUCGGCAGGCAAUUUGUAUCCACUUCCAAUAACCGGAGUGCGGACGACGACAAUUGAUUGUGCCGGGAAAAAUUGACAACGAUUUCAGUGACAUUUCGGUUUUGUGACUGACAGUAAAUCGACAAAGGGAAAAACCAAACAAAAUCGACGGCGAUGAAUGCCAGCACUUUCUGGGGAACCUUCGAUCAGUUGCUGGGUCGAGAGGCUCAACGGAAUGGCGGCCAGGAUACGCUCAAGGUCGGCACCUGGAUGUCGGCCUAUGCCGGAAUCCGGAUGAUGGGAGCAGCAGUUCGUGGUCUGGAUGGGGGCGGAAGUGGUGGAGCAAGUUUGGCGGGGAGCGACGGUUUCACCUCCCUGUCGGCCAUCGGAACGGCUGGCGGCAACGUCGGUGGAGGAGGGCUGAGCUUUCCGUCGAUUUUCCAACAAUCGGCUGGAAACCAGGAAGGCACCGGAGCAGGAGCAGGAGGGCAACCAGGAGGAGGUGGCAACAAAAACAGCCAACGGAAGGGCAAGAAUCGUAAAAAAAUACGGCUCAUGAAACCGAAGAUCAAACAGCUGUGCGAAACCGAUGUACUGCCGGCCGAAUACCUGGGACCGAAGAUUGAGUAUACUGUGAAUCUUCCCCGGGUGACGGCUACGUUGGAGAAGCUGAUGGGGACCAACGUGGUGCGCCUAACGGACCGGAAGUACAUGCAGGAGCUCCAGCGUCGCAUCCAGGAAGACUACAAUGUCACACUGGAGAAGCGGAUCGCCGAACGUGAGGCAAAAGAGAUGGAACGGGAACGCAACCUGAUUCUCACCUGUGCCGGCGACGCCAUCCCGGAAGGAUUCAACAGCUCCGUCUUUCAUACCAACAAGAAGAGUAACCAACAUAUCUGCAACAAACGUGAAAAGCUUAAAACGAUUCGCGAGAAGAAUGCCGAAAGGCUCAUCAAGCAAGGACUCCGCUGGGAGCGGGAACGUCUUCAGAUGGAGGAAUACAACCGGCAAAAGGAGAUUGAACGUCGUUCUCGGCGUGAGGCUUUGCUGGAGCAGGAGAAGCUCUACAUGAUUGAGGACAGCGAGCGGGCGUUGAAUUUGUUGAAGUUGAAGGGCACCAAAGGCCCAGGGCGGGAUCUGGAUCUGAGAGCUUUGCUGAUGCAACAACGUCACGAAUUGGGUCAGAAGAUUCAGAAGCGUGAUUUCGAUUUGACCGAAGACCGGCAGGUGGAUUCCGAUAGAGGAAAAGAUAAGAAAAGACGCAGUAGUAAACAUACUGUGCGGAAGCCUAAGAGUGCGGUAUCAUCGGAACCGGAAGGCACUUCACCGGAAGAGGGUUACAUCUCGAUGGCGGCCAUUCAGGUGGACUCGACGAGUGAGUUGGAGUCAUCGAUUGUGAUCAAAAUUGAUAGAGACGGUGGCGAAGAUUCGGAUUUGAUAGAUGAUUUGAGCACUCUGGAGGGUUCCGAGGUUCUCGAGGGUGGCGGCUCGGAAACGGAAGAUCCGGAUGAAGAAGAAGCUGCCAAGGCAGCUGAGGCCGAAGCCAUGAAGGAAGAGAUGAAUCGGGCGAUCGAGAAAAAGAAAUCCAAAGCCAAAAAUGAGGAUCCCAAAAUUACCAAAUUGAAACAGGCGGAUACGGUCAACGACAUCUACAACAUUGCUGACGAGAUUAUUGUUCUUGAAAAGAAGAAGGGCAGCAAGAAAGGACCUGCCGCCAACAAAAUGUUGUAAGAAAAUACUCAUGUUGUGAUUGAAUUUGGAAAUAAAUGUUAAAUUUUUGUUGAUUUUAAUGAUA